AGUGUAGUGUUCGAGAAGGGAUAGGCAGGCGUGUUAUUCCGUCAUGUGAUUCUCCUUUUUUCUUCCUACAGUCCUCCUUCGAAGUUCAUUUUCAAGCGAGGCAGUGCUGGUGCCUCCUCAAUCUCGGCAUCUGGAGUGCUAACUAGAUGCGGUGACUUUCGUCCCGACUCACCUUAUUUUUCCUCACCCGGCGUAGUUUUCAACAACUUUUUAAGAUGGCCGGGGCAAUUAUUGAAAACAUGAGCACCAAAAAGUUGGUGAUCGUGGGAGUGAUUCUGCUUUUGUUCCAAGCGUUUUCUUUUAUGGUCGGUGGCUUGAUUGCUCCCAGCCCCACCACGGCAGUCCACUACCUGGCUACCAAAUGUGUGGACGCGGUCAAAGGUCACCAGAGUGGCAGGUGGUUCAUGCCCUGGGGCCCUAACCAGUGUGACAAGAUCCAGGACUUUGAUGAGGCUAUGUCCAAGAAGAUCGAGGCCAACGACAUCGUGUUUGCCGUCCACAUCCCCCUGCCCAACAAGGAGAUGAGCCCCUGGUUCCAGUUCAUGCUGGUCAUCUUGCAGUUUGACAUCGCCUUCAAAAUGUACAACCAGAUAGAGGAUGGAGCAGUGGCCACCAUUGAUGUAGGUGUGGCCUACAGGGAUGACAUGCUCGGUGAAUGGACAGAGAUGGCCCACUCCAUAGAGCGAAGGAAGCUUAGCUGCAACUUCACCACCACCAAGACAUAUGAGAAUGAGGGUCGCUACUACGAGUGUGACCUGCUGCCCUUCAUGGAACUGGGCAAUGUGGCCCACAAGUACUACCUGCUCAACAUCCGCCUGCCCGUCAGCGAACGCAAUAAGAUCAACGUGGGCAUUGGGGAGAUCAAGGACAUCCGUCUGGUGGGUAUCCAUCAGAAUGGCGGUUUCACCAAGGUGUGGUUUGCCAUGAAGACCUUCCUCACGCCCAGCAUCCUCAUCAUCUUGGUGUGGUACUGGAGACGCAUCACCCUCAUGACACGACCUCCUGUGCUGUUGGAAAAGGUGAUCUUUGCCCUGGGCUUGUGCAUGACGUUCAUCAACAUCCCGGUGGAGUGGUUCUCUGUGGGGUUCAACUGGACCUGGAUGCUGCUGUUCGGGGAUAUCCGGCAGGGCAUCUUCUACGCCAUGCUGCUCUCCUUCUGGAUCAUCUUCUGUGGAGAGCACCUCAUGGACCAGAUGGAGAGGAACCGUUUCUCAAUCUACUGGAAGCAGGUGGGACCCAUUGUCUUCGGCUCCUUCUGCCUCUUCAUCUUCGACAUGUGUGAGAGGGGAGUCCAGUUGAAGAACCCUUUCUACAGUAUUUGGGCUUCCGACGUGGGGACUGAGUUGGCUAUGGCGUUCAUCAUCGUGGCGGGGAUCUGUGCCUGUCUCUACUUCCUCUUCCUGUGCUUCAUGGUAUUCCAAGUGUUCCGCAACAUCAGUGGGAAGAGGUCCUCCCUGCCCGCCAUGUCCAAGGCCAGACGCCUGCACUAUGAGGGGCUCAUCUUCCGGUUCAAGUUCCUCAUGUUGGUCACUCUGACCUGCGCUGCCAUGACUGUCAUCUUCUUCAUCAUCAGUCAGGUGAACGAGGGCCACUGGCACUGGGGAGACUACACGGUGCAGGUGAACAGUGCCUUCUUCACAGGGAUCUACGGAAUGUGGAACCUCUACGUGUUUGCCAUCAUGUUCCUGUAUGCUCCCUCACACAAACGCUACGGAGACGAGCAGUCCAGGGAUCUACAAGAUCCCUGCUCGCAUGAUCGUCGGAUUGCUCCAUCGCCACUGGACCCCCUUCCUCUCUCCGCUACUGGACUGUCUGCAUUCCUCUGUGUGUGCAAGUCUAUGCACCAGUUAACCCAUUGUUCCUUGGCCGUCAUUGAAAAUAAGAAUUUGUUCUUAACUGACUUGCCUAGUUAAAUAAAGGUACAAUUUAAAAAAUCUAUGUAAAUAGCUGUAGGCUGCUGUCAGACGACCAGAAAGCCAUUUUUGUCGGACCAUGGAGACUAGAAGGGCAUAGUGAGCGUUUUUAUGCCCCAGUACUAGUUAGUGGCCAGUUAACAUUGAAUGGAAUGUUGGACUGAGUCUCUAUGUCAUGCACAAUCAGUGAAGAGGCAGUGUCGAGACUGAAAGCUGCUGAUGUACUUCCCUGUUCUCAGCUAGCCCCCAGCAAUGUGUUUUUUGUCGGUUGUGGUGGUCUGACUACGAAGCCCAAAUGUAAAUACUGUAUGACCUGAAAAUAAAAGUUUACUAAUCAAAGUUCACUGUGCCCUCUCUGGCCAACGAGAUGUUAAUCUUCGGGAAAAAACGUGAUCAAGUCUGUCCUUCAGAAGAUGAAGUCUAAUAAGAAGUACUGGGAAGGCAUCUCCUCCCCGAGUGUGAGCAGUUCCUCAUGCAGGGCAGGCCCCGAGUAGACAAGCAAGAUUGGCACGGUAAGGCAAGCUGUUUACUCUCCUUCCACAGCAGGAGUACCUCGUAUGGUGGAAGUUGACAAGCGGUGCUCGUGUGUCACCUCGGAGCACUGUCAUUGUCGAGCCCACCUCUGCCCACUCAGCCCCAAAUAACAUUCUGGUAGGGAGAGUCAUAACACCCAUGUGGGGAGAUCGCUGGGUCCCAAUGAAAGUCCUGAACGCAUCACUGGACCCGGUCAUACUGUGCCACAACGCCAAGCUAGCGGAGGUCUCGUGGCCUAGCAGUUGAGGAUCUGUCUGUCCCUCAGGGGCUGCAACGACAGUGUGACACCCCAGGUCUUGCCACUUCACCACAAGAGUCGGCUGAUCCCACACAGCUCCUGAAGCACUGUGGUUCGAGCGGAGGGAAUAUCGAGGCAUAUGUAUCUGCUGAGUGGAAAGCUGGCCGAGAUCCUCGUGAAGUACCAAGAUGUCUUCUCGAAGGACAAGCUGGAUUGUGGGGAGGGACGAAGGACUUUGUGCACCGCAUUCACCUCUCCGACGACCGUCCUUUCAGGCUUUCCUACUGUCGUGUCUCUCCUUCACACUAUCACAAGUUGAGAGAAGUGUUGAGCAAAAUGGAUGAGAAACAACUCAUCACCAAGUCAGGCAGUGAGUACGCCUCGCCACUGGUCAUGGUCUGGAAAAGGAACAGGGACCUGAGGAUCUGCACUGACUUCUCUUGCGCAACUCGAGGACCAUCAAGGACAUUCACCCUUUGCCACAUCACCUGGCUGCCCUUGGUGGAAAUGCUUAUUUCAGCACCAUGGACCUCAGAUCAGGGUUCUACAAUGUCCCUCUCCAUGAGUCUGACACCCCUGGGCUUGUAUGAGUACAAUAGGCUUCCACAAGAUUUGUGCAACAGUCCGGCGUCCUUCUUGAGGAUAAUGCUCAGCAUUUUUGGUGACCUCAACUUUUCCAGCCUUCUGCGCUACCUGGAUGAUAUGCUCGUCUUUCCUCCUUCCGAGUAAGAGUCUUUGCGAUGCCUUGAAGUUGUGUUCAGUCGAUUGAAAGCUAUCACAGAAGAAGUGUCACUUUUUGUGCAAGUCUGUGAGGUUUCUGGGCCAUACAAUCGACAGCACUGGUGUCUCUGUUGACCAGGAGAAGAUCAAGGUAAUCUCAGGCUUCAAGAAGGAAGAUCUGAUGAAAGACAACGCCUGCACACCAUCACAGAAGAGAGUGAGAUCCUUCCUAGGGAUGGUCCUUUACUACCAGCACUUUAUCCCCGGAUGUUCCUCCAUCGCAAAGCCCCUCUUCACCCUGACUGUGGGACAGAAACGUCACCCCACUUCUAGGUUUGGAAAUGUGUUGACUGGAAGUGGAUUAAAGACUGAUCGAGUCUAUGGUACAACAAAUUGUAAACACCAAAGGGCAUUGAUUGAACAGAGUCCCAUUUUAUUGAUAAGGGAAUCAACCUAGAUGUUGAGAAGUUUUAGUUAUUUUCAUACUAUCCACACUUCCUUCUGCAUUCCCCCUCAUAAACCUCCCUUGCCCCCUUACCUUAUCCCUGUCUACUGUAUCCAUGUGGAAGAGAGAGGUUUCAAAAACAUUGUCCCAUGAAAAUCAUAUUCAAUCCUAUGUUAAUACA